AUGAGGGGGAAAAUGAUGAAAAGAAAAGAUGCGGACUUUGAACGACGCGCUUUGAGUGCAGAAAAAGAAGAGGAAAAGACCAAAAAGACGAAAAGGAGUGGAGAAGGUAACGGUGGUGCUUCUUCGUUGCUCCGCGCGUCCAGGGAACAAGUUUUGAACGCGAUGAGAAAGAAGAAGAAGAGGAACAAAAAUCUCGUGACGAACGAGGAGGAGGAGGAAAAAGAGGCUGAAAACGCUUUCAACGUCGCAAAUCCGUGCGGCAUGCCGGCGAGAGACCGGAACGAAGAAGGUCCAGAUGAUGAUUUGACGAAUUCUUUGUCGUCGGACUCGAGCGAAGUGGAGUGGGAAGACGUGGAAACAGAGGAGGAAGAAGAGGAAGAGAUUGAGGAAAAUGAAAGCGCGGCGGCGAACGACGACGACGCGAAGGAAGAACACGAGAGAGACAGCGAGUGCGAAAUAGUGGACGAGAUCACCGGGGACCCGAACGAGAUCAAGGUGAAGAAUAAAAAUAAAAGGAGGAUAACGAGACAGGAGAGGAACAAGAUUAAAGAGCUACAUCACGCGGAGUUGUUGUGUCGUUUAGCGAGGGUGCAUUUGGUCAAUCGAGCGCUCGAGAGCGACGCGUUGCGAUGUUUGGCGCUCAGCGUGGCGCCUAGAGGAUUGGUGGAAGGUAUUUUAGAAAGACCUGGGAAGAAGGAAGGAAAACCAGUGGUGAGGGUGAUGUUGCAUUUCGCGGUGAAGUUUUUUCAAGACCACGUGUUAAGCCCUUCUCGUUGUACUUCUGAUAACGAGGAAGAGGAGCGUUCUUCUUGGACGCCGUACGUGAGCGCGAAAGAAGCGCGGGCAAGUAAGGCCGGGUUCGCGGGAGGCGUGGCGUGGAAGUUGAGCGAGAUGUUAAGAAGAAAAGAUAAAAACAUCAACGAAACAAUGAGACUCUCUUCAUUUUCGAACGUUUCGGAGAUGAAGGCGGCGCUUUUGUGUGCUUUCUUACGCGCUUUGGGUAUUCGCGCAAGACUGUGCGCGAGUUUAAAACCGUUGCCGCACGACGCGAAAGGACCGGAUUUAGAUAGGAAAACAACCUUGCGAUCGUUAGAUGGUAAACCGGCAAAUAUUUUUAAAGCGAUGGAGAAGAACGGAGCAGCGGCGAGGAAUAAUGGCGAGGAAGACGACGAUGCGGCGGACGAGAUUACGCACUGGUUGGAAGCGCUCGUGCGAGAAGGCGGGAACGAUACGACGACCGAGGAAUCGACGCGGAAGAAAACAAAGAAGAAGAAAACGACCGCAUCAUCUACCCCAUCGGCGGCAAAUGCGCAGAAGAAAAAAGAAUCCGCAAAGUUUGUGCCAAUCGCGCUCUCUCCAACCACGCAUACUUUUACCAUCGGUGACGUCGACGAUAUCGUGAAAACGUGGUCGACGUACCCGGGAUACGUCGUCGCUUUCGACGAAUUCGAUCAAGAGAAGAACGGCAACGUUUUGUCCUUCACGGACUUGACGAGAAAGUAUUCGCAAAAGCAGUUUGCCAUAAAAGCUUUGAAGAAACGCAUCAAAGGUGAUCAGAGAUGGAACGAGCUCAGCGCGGCGCACAAGAUUGAUCUCAGCGGCAUUCACGAUAACGACGAGGAAAAUUCCAGUCAACUGUAUUUGAAAAAAGCGUUAAUCGACGAGCGCGACGAGAUGGCAACGAUGCAAAAAUCGGAGCGACCGCCAAAAACGCUCACGGAAAUCAAAUUGCACCCUUUGUGGUGCAUAGAAGCGCACUUGAGGCAAAACGAGUGCAUUUAUCCGAAAACGGGCGUCGCCGGGUGCGUCGACGGGAAACUCGUUUACCCUCGCGAAAACGUUCAGACGCUUCGGACCGACCGGCGAUGGAAAUCGGAGAAGAGAUUGAUGGUGAAACACGUGGAGAUUGAUAGUCCGAUCAAGAAGUUGCUUUCGAACAAAGCGCGAGCUCACUUGAAACAGUACGGCGGCCACCCAGAACAGUUCGCGGAUAUUUUUUUAUACGGCCAGUGGCAGUGCACCACUUACCACCCGCCUAAAGCGGACAAAGGUGUCGUGCCUACGAAUGAUCGCGGUAACGUCGAUUUGACGAAGAAUGGCGACGGGUUACCAGACGGUUGUGCGUACAUUGAGGACAAAAAUGCGUUAACCGCGGCUCGUAAACUUACCAAUCCACAAAUUCACGCGGUCCCUGCUCUGAUUGGCUUUGAGUACAAGCAAGGCGGCACGACGCUUCCCGUCUUUCUCGGGUGCGUCGUCGUCUCGGAAAACGAGGAAAGAGUGAGGAAACAACUGCUCGAGGACGAGCAAGAACGAGUAAAGAAAGAAAAGCUGAAAAAACUGAAAGACGCGAGUUUGAAAUGGCGCACGUUACUCGGCGCGAUGUUCAUGAAGGAAAGGUUGAGAAGAGAAGUGGACGUUCAAGAAAACGAAGACACGUUUCAAACGACGUUGGCGACGAAAGUAGAAAAAUUAUAG